CCCCUGACCCCGGAAGUAGGAGGGGCCUGCGAGGAUGCCCGGUGUUGAUGCUGGAAUAAACAUGGCGUUGUGCAGGAGCAGGAGAGGCGGUGGCGGUUCCUGCUUGGUUCCUUCGCCUAAGGCGGCGCUGAUCCUGCUGGCGGCUCUGCUCCUGGGAGACCCCGCGCGGGCCCGAGUUCACCACCUCACUCUCAAAGAAGACGUACGUCAGAAAGUCCAUCUGAACACCUUCGGCUUCUUCAAAGAUGGCUUCAUGAAGGUCAACGUACACAACCUCUCAGUAAACCCGGUCGGAGUGGGUGUCAAAGACUACCUGGUGGGAUUCAGUUUAGACCGAACACGGAAUGAUGGAUUCUCCACCUAUCUGGAUGAAGAAAUGGAAUAUUGCAUUUUGAAUAAAACACCAGACCAUGACAUCUCAGUCACCCGUCUGAUACUGGACUUCACAAAGAAGAUUGUGCAAGUCAAGCCCAAAUCCAAUAUUCCCCAGUUGCCAGAAAUUAUAUUUGAUGACACUGAUGGGAGUGUGAAUGCGGGAAGCAAGCAGAAUUCAGAUCCUAAGCGACCACAAUCCAAGCAAAAUGUGACAGAACUCCAGUUGCCGCCAGAGAAGACACAUCCCAUCCAGAGCAAAGAUGGUCACUAUUCAUUCCAGUUCUCCUUCAACAUCAGCUCAGAAAACCAAGAAGGCCUCUACAGUCUGUAUUUUCACAAAUGUGUCCCGAAGAAUGAGCAGCUCCUCUUCACUCUUGAUAUUGAGAUUAUGGAGAAGAAUCCAAGCAGCUACCUCUCAGCAGGAGAGAUCCCUCUCCCUAAGCUCUACAUCUCCAUGGCCCUCUUCUUUUUCAUCUUUGGAGCCGUGUGGAUCCACACUCUUCGGAAACGCAGGGCUGAUGUGUUCAAGAUCCACUGGCUGAUGGCUGCUCUUCCUUUCACUAAGUCCCUCUCAUUAGUCUUCCAUGCAAUUGAUUACCACUACAUCUCCUCUCAAGGUUUUCCCAUCGAAGGCUGGGCUGUUGUCUACUACAUCACUCAUCUGUUGAAGGGGGCUCUGCUCUUCAUCACCAUUGCUCUCAUUGGCACAGGCUGGGCAUUCAUUAAGCACAUCCUUUCUGACAAGGACAAGAAGAUCUUCAUGAUUGUCAUUCCACUCCAGGUCCUGGCCAACGUAGCCUACAUCAUCAUUGAGUCAACAGAAGAAGGCACAACGGAGUAUGGUCUCUGGAAAGAGAUCCUUUUCCUGGUCGACUUGCUCUGCUGCGGGGCCAUCCUCUUCCCAGUUGUAUGGUCAAUAAGACAUUUGCAGGAGGCUUCUGCAACAGAUGGGAAGGCUGCUAUUAACCUAGCAAAGCUGAAGCUGUUCCGGCACUACUACGUCAUGAUUGUGUGCUACAUUUACUUCACGCGGAUCAUUGCUAUUCUCAUCAAGAUCGCCGUUCCAUUCCAGUGGAAGUGGCUGUACCAGCUGCUGGAUGAAAUGGCCACCUUGGUGUUCUUCGUCCUCACCGGGUACAAGUUCCGGCCUGCCUCUGACAACCCCUACUUGCAGCUCUCUCAGGACGAUGAUGAUGUCUUGGACAUGGAAGCUGUGGUGACAACUUCGGGGGUCAUGGAAGGUAUGAAGAAAGUCAAGAAGGUGGUCAAUGGCUCAUCGUCGGAGCCCCAAGGCGAGAGGGAGAGUGCUGCAUGAUGGAGUCAAUACUUUCACCACCACCUCCGUUUCUUCUUCUCUCCCUUCUGCGCCCCCCACCCCACCCCCAAAAUUAGGACAAGGCAGCACUUUCAGAUAAACUUUAAUUUAUUGAUUUUCUGCUUCCCUCAACAGAAGGGGAGCGAGUUGAGUUUCCUGAUAUGGGAACUGGAGAACAUAGGGCAGUGGGAAAUGGCGGCCGGGGGUGGGUGGGGGCAAAAUCCUGUGCAAAAUUGAGAGAGAAUCACAAUCCUGCGUAUUCAUUUGUCCUGAGGAUUUGUGGCUCUUCUAGAGCCUUGCAAGAAAGCUCUCCUGUUUUAUGGUGAUGGCAGAUUUGUUUUAAUUUUUUUAACCUUUUAACAGUUUUGCUAAAGUUUUUUAACGCUCCUCCUGCUUUCUUUCGGAAACUUGACUGUGAGAAAGAAAAUAGAACCAUUGGUUCUAUUUGGCUCUUUGGGACACAACUUCCAAAUGUGAAAAAACCUGGUGAAAGUUGUAUAUGUAAAAGUAUAUAUGUAGUAUCUAUAUUUUAUAUGAUGCCUUCCGACAUGCACCCCUCCCUGCAAUGUGUACCCUUUUGUGUGUGCUGGGGAGAUUUGACAAAAUGGUUUUAAAGGUGUUGGGUGUGGCACAGGGGAGAUCUUUUGGGGUUUACUUGUAAAUGUUGUGCUGAGUUUAGGCAUCUUUUUCUCUCCCCCUUUUUCAUUUGAAUGGGGAGCAAAUAGGAAUUCUGCCUCCAGAUAGGAAUAGGAAUGUUUUCUUUCUUUUUUCUUCCUUUUUUGAGACCAAGGCUUCCUUACUAUCCUCUUUAAUGGUGUGGACCAAAAAGCUGGGUCCCAUUUUAACUCUAUGCAGUUCCCUCAAGGGGUUCCGAAUAUGUGCAAUGGAGUGGGGGGAUAUUCACUGAAUUAUUAUUGUUAUUGUUAUUAUUAUUAUUAUUUCUUC